CCCAUCAUAAUAAUUAUUGGCCUUUGUAGCUAGCUAGCUUUUUUGCUGUUUAAUUGAUGUCUAAAGCUUGAUAGCUUGAUCAAAAAUGCCGUUUGGCUUCGGCAAAAAGGACAAGAAAGUUUCUAAACAUUCAAAAGAGGCAAAAGAGGCGAAAAAAGGGUCAAUUCCAUCUCCUACUCAUGGACAAAAACAUUCCUCCAAAGAUGAGCCUAGUAACACACCUUCCCCUAGCAGCUCUGUUGUUGAAAUCACAGGAGCUGCCUCUAUGUCUCGAACAGAUUCUAAUACCUUAGUCAGAGAAAAGAGAGAAUACUUUGAGACACUAACAAGAAAGACCCAGUCACCUCCCUCCACCUCACGCCCAGGAUCAGGGCUACAUUCAGAGAAAUCCUCUCCAGAGAAACGAGCUAAUGGCACGUCCUCAGGCACUGGUCGUAUCUCCGUGUCUGUGCUGGUUACAAGUCCAACAGGCAGUGCUGAAACACGACUACAUCAAACGACCUCAGGGCACUCGUCGGGUCAAAGUUCAAUGUCACCCACACCCACGUCCCAUGGGGGGAACUACACACCCACAAACAAGCGAAGCUCAUUUCUAGAAAGUCUCAUGGAUCUCACCUCUGAUCAUGGCCGAGAGAAAAGCUUUGAUGGACUUAAUCUACCUCUACCACCGUUACAGACAACUAACGUGCGUCUACGUGACGUUGAAGCCACAAAAAACUCUGUUGGCGGUGGAUUUGGAUUCAUUCUGAGGAAAUCCUACCUCCCAGUGCCGGAAUAUCCUGAUAAGACACAAUUGGUUCAUCUGGUUGAGCCUCGUAAAGACUAUCUCGGGCCACUAAUGACGGGGGACCGGAUUAUCGAAGUGAAUGGACAGAAUGUUGAAGAUGAGCCUCACGAGAAUGUGGUGGAGAUGAUAAAGUCUUCUGGUGAUGGAGUGUAUCUUAGAGUGGCCUCCAUGCCUGAGUUGCUGGAGCUGAAUGCUCGAGGGGCGCUGGACGAGACCCUCACUAGAAGCAAUCAGUUUAGGAAGUCAGGACGAGGGAAGGCAAAACACAACACAGGAACUCUGAGGAGACAAAACAAAGCCAAGUUCAAGGCUAAGACGGAGGAGGAGGUGCUCUCUGAGAAGGAGGGGCUAGAACAAGAGAAGGUUUGGGUGGUACACAGUUCAGGGUUCACACUGGGAACUGUGCAUCAGAGCCCCUCCCACAAGGCACAACCAGGCAGCCAUUACACCAAUCUCAGCAGACUGCAAGGCCGGGACAAGGUGGCAGUGAAACUGGCCCGGACUGAUAAUGUCAUCCAAGUGGAGGAUGAAGACAUUGAAAAGGCUAACCCCUCCUCCCUGGACAAGGUGGAGGACUUGGUUGACCUGAUUCACCUCAACGAGUCCUCCACACUCCAUGUCCUGAGGCAACGCUAUGGGAGCAGCCUCAUUCACACCUUUGCCGGGAGUCACCUCAUUGUCCUCAACCCUCUGCGUGCUCUCUCCUCAUAUGUAGACAGGGUCAUAGACAUGUUCCGAGGUUGUCGUCGUGCCGACAUGCCCCCUCACAUAUUUGCCAUGGGACAGCAGGCGUAUAGAGACAUGAUGGUCACACGUCAGGACCAGUCUCUCAUCUUGAUGGGCCUGUCUGGCUCUGGCAAGACCUUCAAUGCUCGUUACCUCCUUCGCUACCUCACCACUGUGGGGCAGCCAGAGCAGGGACCAGUCUCCAAUGCACGACUGGAUGCUGUUGAGCUGCUUCUCCACUCGUUUGGUAGUGCUGCCACAUUCCUCAACCCUCAGGCCACUCGUUGCUCUUGCCUCUAUACGUUGGACUUUGACCCUAGCGGUACCAUCGUUUCAGCAUCCGUUAAAACGUACCUACUGGAGAAGUUCCGUGUAGCCCAGCGUCCUAAAGGAGAGGGCAACUUCAACAUCCUCUACCAGAUGAUAGCCGGGGCUGACGAGCAGUUGCGCUCUGACCUCAUGUUGGAUGUGGCGGACGAUGAGGCAGAGGAACCCAACCUCUAUUAUGAGCCACUGGACGAUCCCCAACGCAACGAGAGUGCUGCGUACGUGUGGGACCUCAUCCAGAACUGUCUGGAGAUACUCAACAUUUCUGAAGAGGAGUCACUGGGACUGUGGUCUCUGCUGGCUGCCAUCUACCAUCUGGGUUAUGCUGGAGUCAAGAAAGGGCAAAUGCGUGGGAGUGACUGCUUCCAGAACCCAGCAGCUGCCCAGAGAGCAGCCUUUGUGUUGGGCAUCAACCACGAGGUGCUGGGUCACCAUAUCUUCAGCCCCCCUCGAGGCCAGACCAGCCUGCAUCACACUCCCCUCUCCAUCUCCCCCAAUGCCACUGAUACCAUCUCCAUGACUAGCUCCCUCUUCCUGGCUAACAUGGGAGGCAAUAGGUCUCUGUUUCUAGACGCCUUUGUGAUGGGACUGUACGAUCAGGCUGUCAAUGCUCUGGUGAUGCUCAUCAACAGGGCUCUACAGAGCACGACUGCGACCAAGCGUAUCUCCAGCAUCCAUGUGGUGGACAUGCCAGGAUUCCAGCAUAGGGAGCUAGCAGGUGCCAGAGAUGGAGCCUCGCUGGAUGACCUCUGCAUGAACUAUGCCCAGGAGAGACUACAGAUGCUCUUCCAUGAUUGGACGUUCACCUCAGAGCAAGAUCGCUACCUUCAGGAGGAGAUCAACUGGUUGUUCUCAGAGGUGGCUGUUAGUCCACUGCCAGUCAUUGACACCAUCGACAGACAUGUGCCCCAGAGGCGUGGAGGCACUAUUGAUGUGCACACUGAUCGUCGAGGGCUACUAUGGAUCCUGGAUGAAGAGUCUGUCUUCCCCGGUGCUACUGACGGUAGCUUCCUGGACCGCUUGCAAAUGUACCACGGUGACCCCACCACAUUAGGGGACGCCCCCCUCGUUAAGGUUAUCAAGGAAGACAAUCAGUUCAGCAUCUUCCAUUGUCAGCGCACACUGAGCGUGUUCUAUGAUGCUAAUGGCUGGGUCAAGCGCGCACGAGAGCAUCCUUCAUUCAGGGUGGUGGUCCAGGUCAUGGCCGAGUCAAAGAGGAUUGGUAUAGGGUCCAUCUUCCAGGGUAGAGGUGUGGCAGCCUCCAUGACAACCCUGGGUAACUCACAGCUCAAGGCUGACACUCAUCGCUCCCUCUCCCGCACCACCUCCACUAAUGUGGGUGGAGUCCACUAUAGUAGCCCCUCCUCUGGCAUCAAGAAGUCAUCCGUCUGUCUGCAGACCAAGUUUCAACUGGAUUUUCUGAUGGACACACUGCGCAAAACCCACCAGUGGUUCAUUCGAUGCAUCCUCCCUCAAUUACCCCACAAGUUACCCGGGGCACUCCCACACGAGUCACACCCGGCACAAGAAGGGGGCGUGGCACACGGAGAGAUCGAUGUGCCUCUAGUGAGGUCUCAGAUACGCAGAGCAGAGCUCGUUAAAGCAGCCAGGAUAUACAAACAAGGUUACCCUGAGCACAUGACCUUCUCUGAGUUCAGACGACGCUAUGUCGGGAUAGUAGCUGGAGAUCAGAUUGAUGGUUCUCGUAGUGACAAGCAGUUGGUUGAGAGCAUCCUGUCAUCACAAGGGGUGGAGUCACACUCAUUCAAGGUGGGGCGGAGUCAAGCAUUCUUCAGAGUGGGGACACUAGCACGAUUGGACAGACAAGUGGAGGACACCUCCCACGGCACUAUGGUCUUAUUCCAGGCACGGUGUCGUGGCUGGCUGGGUCGACAAAAGUUUGAACAGUUGCAAGUGCAAGAUUCUGCAGCUCUGGUGAUCCAGCAAAACAUGGCGGCGUACCAAGAGCUCAGAGAAUGGCGAUGGUGGCAGCUUUUCCUCAAGAUCAAGCCUAUGCUGGCUAUAUGGAGGGCAGAGGGAGUCAUUAAAGACAAGGAUAGCAAGAUUGAUAAGCUCAAGGCCAAAGUGGAGUCACUGGAACACGAGAGAGAUGUCUUCAAGGAGUCAGAGAGACUAAUGGAGGAGAAGGUGACCAAGAUAAGUGCCCAGCUGGAGGAUACCGAGUCCUCUGCCAAUGAUGCCACAGAUCUCAUUGAGAGUGAACAGCUGGAGAAGAGGGAGAUGGAGGACCAACUGGCAGAGUCCAUGGCUCAUGAGAAGGAACUAGCACAAGAGAACGAACAGUUGAAGCUACAGAUAGCAGAGAUGAGCAUACUGGCACGAAUCAAGAGUGACUACACGAGUGACAAUAGUGAGACUGUGAUGGAGAAGUAUCUGGAGACACGUCGUGAGUUAGAUACACUGCGUCAACUGCGUCAAAGAGUGAGCUCAGAGUACGAGGAUGAGGUGGAGAGAUUGGAGUCAGCCAAGAGGACCCUGGAGAAGAGGUUGGCUGACUCUGAGAGUGAGCAGGCGGACCUCCACAAGACACUAGGUCAGGUCAGGAAGAAGGCAGCCAAGUAUGGCUCAGAGAUGAAUGACCUCAAGCUACUCUUGGAACAGCAGCAAGCUCGCAAUGCUGAGCUAGAGAAGAGGCAGAGGAGGUUUGACUCUGACUUAAGUGCUUGUAAGGAAGAUGCCAGUAGUGAGGUCCAGGCCAAGGAACAGCUAGCCAGGGAGAAGGACCAACUACACACUGACUUCGAGGACCUCAAGACUAAACUGAAGGAGCUGGAGGAGGAGCACAAACGUGUGGUACAGGAGAAGGAAGACCUGGAAUCAGAAGUGCUGAGCUCCACCACGAGUGCCUCCACUGAGUCAGAGAUGACCUCUCUCAAGAGAAUGAAGAGGGACAUGGACACAAAGAUAGAGGAGCUAGAGGAUGAACUGGACGAGGCCAACGUCAAAUUGGACACUCUACAACAGACAAAGGCUCGUCUAGAGUUGUCCAAUCAGACACUCAAACAAAGCCACGUCCAGGAGCUGGAGGGGAGGGAGCAAGAACUAGAGCAGGUCAAGAACACCAUGAGCAAGAAACUAAACGCCCUCAACCAACAGUUAGAGGAACUGCACGAGGACAAGCACGCCGCUGUCAAGGCGCGUAGAGACUUGGAGCGAGAGAUGCUGGAGCACCAGGGAAAGAUUGACCCUGAGGCGGAGAAGAAGUUACGUAAGCAACUCAAGAAAGUACGUGCACUCUACCAAGACACUGUGGAGCAGUUAGAGCACGAGAGGGAAAUGAGAGGCAACUCUGCUAUGGUGAAGUCACUAAGGAAUCAGCUGGAGGACCUUCAGGCUAGUGAGACAGCUGCUUCAAAGGCAGGGAAGAGGUUGCAAGGAGAGCUGGACGACCUGCAGGUCCAAUGCGAUGAACUGGCUAGAACCAAGAUCGAGAUGGAGGCCAAAGUGGCUGAAUUGAGCAGAGAGAAGAAUGACCUUGAAAGUCGCAUGGAGGAAGACCAAGAUGAAAUUGAAGAGCUUCUAGAGAAGCAGAGAAGCCAUAUCUCACAAACCACCUCCCUCCAAACACAGCUGACAGAAGCGAACGUGCAGGUGGACGAUUUAGAGGAUACCAAACAAACUCUAGAAGCUAAGGUUCACGAGCUUACCUCAAAGGUAUCUGAGUUGGAAACUGGUGUCAACAAGCAUCAGUACGAAGCCAGCGAAACCAAGGUUAGAGAACUGGAACAAAAGCUAGAGCUUGAAAAGUCCAGUGCAAGACGUCAUGACUCACAAAUCCAGCGUCUGCGUAACCAACUGGAGCGUGCCCAGGAGGAGAAGACUGAGACUGUCUCCCAUCAGAGCUCUGACGCUCUUAAGAGGCUCCAGAAACAGAACAGGGACCUCCGGCAAGAAAUGCAAGAGGCAGAGAGAAAGGAACAAGAGAUGAGCAAGAAGAAGAGAGGGGCUGAGGCGCAAAUUGAAGAGCUGGAGGCGCAACUUCAAAGCGUGCGAGCGGACUUGAAGAAUGCUCAGAAGAGGAUCGACACACUCCACGGUGCCCUCAAAGGUCAUGAGACUUAUAGCGACGACGAAGAAGACCCUCAGGAAGACGUCACUGGAGAUUACGAAGAUGAUGACUUGAGCUCCAAUGCUAGCAGCUACAAAGUUGGAGAGAUUGAUGACAUGAGUAUGAAUGUUGAUGACAUGUCAGACACUGAGAGUAGUGGGUUAGAGCAGAGCCCUCUAGUAGCACGCACACGCACAUGGGAUAGGCGGAAUCGUGACUUAACCCCGAGGAUCGAAGAAGAGGAAGAUGAGGAUCGUACCUAUUCUAGGAAGGAGAGGAAGUUUUCAGCUGAUUCUGGAGAUGUGAAACUAACCAAAUACGAUAGAAAAGACAGCGAUGAUGAGUUUAGUGGGCGGAGUCGAAACAGGAGAGAUUCUGAUGGAGAGAUUACACCAAAGAGAAAGAUUUCUAACAGUAAACUAAACGAGAGCCCAAGAAAGUCUCGCUCACCUGAUCGGUUCAGUGUAGUUAAAGAUAAAACGUCUAGUCUGCGACGAGACAAACCUAAUCUCUAUGACGACGAUGACGAUAAUGAUGAUGAUUUGGAAGAGUUUCUGCUGAAACAAAGAGAGCGAACUAGAAAGCUUCAAACUGAAGGAGACAACUUUGAGCCAAUCUCAGUGGUAGUUUCCAGACAAUCAAAGUCCCCAUCUCACGAGGAAGACAGUAAACCUAAUGGUGGAGACAAGAGUCUCAGUCGUGAUGAUUCAGGAGCUUCUAUAGGAGAAGGAAAGUCAGAAAGUGCUCGCGCUCUGAGGAGGAAGAAGCAAAGACGGAGAACUAUUGAGCAAUUGACAUCACCAGAGCAUCUGGCAGCCAAGGCUAGUGGUGGCGCUUCAUAGCUAUAGCUAGCAAGCCACACAAACUAUCUUUACUCGUACUUGUGUUACAGGCUGUGUGUAAAUUUUGUUACAAUAAAUUAGUGAUUUUCAUGCACUAUUAAUAAUUAAUUUGUCAAGGUUUUACUAA